GGCGCGGGCGUGCGGGCAGCCAGCUGGCUGCAUGGCGCGCUGCGAGCGGCUGUGCGGCGCGGCCCUGCGCGACGUGCUGGGCCGGGCGCAGGGGGUCCUGUUCGACUGCGACGGGGUGCUCUGGAACGGCGAGCGCGUUGUGCCGGGCGCCCCGGAGCUGGUGGAGCGGCUGGCGCAGGCCGGCAAGGCGGCGCUGUUCGUGAGCAACAACAGCCGGCGCGCGCGGCCGGAGCUGGCCCUCCGCUUCGCGCGCCUCGGCUUCGGUGGGCUGCACGCCGAGCAGCUCUUCAGCUCCGCGCUGUGCGCUGCGCGCUUGCUGUGCCAGCGCCUGGACGCGCCUGGCUCCGUGUUCGUGCUGGGUGGCGAGGGGCUGCGCUCCGAGCUGCGCGCUGCGGGGCUGCGCUUGGCCGGGGACCCCGGCGAAGACCCGGGCGCGGCCCCGCGCGUACGUGCCGUGCUCGUGGGCUACGACGAGCACUUUUCCUUCGCCAAGCUGAGCGAGGCGUGCGCGCACCUGCGCGACCCCGACUGUCUGCUCGUGGCCACCGAUCGCGACCCGUGGCACCCGCUCAGCGACGGCAGCCGGACUCCUGGCACGGGGAGCCUGGCUGCCGCGGUGGAGACGGCCUCGGGACGCCAGGCCCUGGUGGUGGGCAAGCCCAGCCCUUACAUGUUCGAGUGCAUCACGGAGCACUUCAGCCUGGACCCCGCCCGCAUGCUCAUGGUGGGCGACCGCCUGGAGACCGACAUCCUCUUUGGCCACCGCUGUGGCAUGACCACCGUGCUCACACUCACGGGCGUGUCGCGCUUGGAGGAGGCCCAGGCCUACCUGGCGGCCAGCCAGCAUGACCUGGUGCCCCAUUACUAUGUGGAGAGCAUCGCAGACCUAAUGGAAGGGCUGGAGGGCUGAGCCCACCUGACCUGUCACCGCAGCCCCGCCCCCGCCCCGCCCUGAUCCCAUAGGUGGAGGUGACGGGCCAGGAGCUGCGUUCAUUGCCACUGGCUCUCCGGCCCCAGUGUCCACACCCUGGUAGGGCUGGGACCCAGGGAAGGUUUUAGGACCCUCGUACCCCCAGGGGUGGCUGAGCACACUUGCUGCUGCCCUUGCCGCCCUGGUUUGCCCUGGCAUGACCCAGCCAAGGUGGCCUUAUUUCCUGCCCUGUGACUUCCCCUUGUUGAACUCUGGGCCCUGAUGCCCACGGAAGAUUUCCCCCAACCCUGAGCUCUUAACGUGCUCACCUCUCCCUGCGGCCUCCAGAGCUCUACCUGCUCCCCGUGUCCUGGCCUUGGGUUCCUGUUGACCAAUCAGAGGUCGAGGUAACCACAAACCGUAUCGUCCUGAGCCCUGAGUGGACCAAUCAGAAGGCUAAGUCAUAGUGAUUCAUUGAUGUUGGGUCCUGAGUAGACCAGUUGGGAGCCUGAGUAACAAGGACCCUUGGAUGUCCUGGAGCCUGACGGGACCAAUCAGAAGGCUAAAUGAUAAUGGCCCUUUCAUGGCCUAGAUCCUGGGUAGACCAGUAGUACAGGUGAUAAUGACCCAUGGGUCCUUGAGGUCCUGCAUGGAACAGAAGUUGGAGACAGUGGUCUCCUGACAAUCUUGGUCUGACUGGAUGAGCCAGGGGUCCAGGUUUCUGUCGAUAGGAGGUCCACGUACUAAAGACACCCCCCCCCCCCAAUCAAGACUGCUAACCGGGGGCCACUCAGUGGCUCUGCGGGCUUCUGUAGCCCAGAGCCCGCCCUCCCCUGAUCAUGGUCCAGUGUUAAUGGUGGCCACCACUCGAGUGGGGACGUCUGUGUCCCUCCCUGUGCCGUCAGUGUUUGCUGUGCCACUUCUCCCCUGUGCCCGCCUAGUUGUUUGUUUAUUUAUUAUCAUGUGCCGGUGAUGGUGGGGGUGGGGGCUGGGCCUUCCCUGCCAUCUCCACCCCCGUUGUGACUAGUCCUCCCGGACUUAAUAAAGUGCGAGUGGGAGCGUC